CUGGCCCUCUCCACUCCCUUCUACGCAUUCUGCCCCCUCCCACCUUGGCCAACACCGCAGUAUGAGGCAAUCACUCCAUCCUUGACCCUCUGUACAGUGACUGAUGGCUUUUUUAUCUCCAAGUGAUGAUGCACAGCCUUCCGCUGGAAGCAUUUAAGGCAGAGCACUUGACUCAAGCCGCAGCUGCAAGACCUUGAGUGGCUCAGGAAGAACAAAUCCUUGAGGCAGCCACAAUUGCAGUACUGCCACAUCUGCCAGGAGAGCAUGUUACUAGCCACGUUUAAGCUAUGUGCUGGAAGCUCCUACAGACAUAUGCGGAACAUGAAAGGACUGAGGCACCAAGCUGUGCUGGCCAUUGGCCAGGAGCUGAACCGAAGAACACUGGGAGACUCCAGCCCUGGAUGGAUCAGUCAGGUUCGGCGUCGGAGUUCUCUGCUUGGUUCUCAGCUGGAAGUGGCCCUCUACAGUGAGCAGGAGCUGUCCUAUAUCCAUCAGGGAGAGGUUGCUAUGCAGAAGGCCUUGGGCAUCCUCAGCAACCAGGAAGGCUGGAAGAAGGAGAACCAGCAGGAAAACGGGGAUAAAGUGCUAAGCAAAGUAGUCCCAGAUGUGGGCAAGGUAUUUCGGUUGGAGGUAGUGGUAGACCAGCCCAUGGACAGACUCUAUGAAGAACUUGUGGACCGCAUGGAGGCAAUGGGAGAGUGGAACCCAAAUGUCAAGGAGAUCAAGGUCCUGCAAAAGAUUGGGAAAGACACAGUCAUCACCCAUGAGCUGGCUGCAGCAGCAGCAGGAAACCUGGUGGGACCCCGUGACUUUGUGAGCGUGCGCUGUGCCAAGCGCAGAGGCUCCACCUGUGUGUUGGCAGGCAUAGCCACACAUUUUGGGGAGAUGCCUGAACAAAGUGGUGUUAUCAGAGCUGAACACGGUCCCACCUGUAUGGUGCUUCACCCAUUGGCUGGAAGUCCCUCGAAGACUAAAUUCACUUGGCUGCUCAGUAUUGACCUCAAGGGGUGGCUGCCGAAAACCAUCAUCAACCAGGUCUUAUCACAAACCCAGAUGGAGUUUGCCAACCACCUGCGCAAGCGCCUGGAGUCCAGCUCUGCCUGAGGCCGGUGUUAAAGGCUGUACCCACUACAUCAACCUGCAUGCCAUCAGCAGCCUCCCGAAGGAAGACUGCAAGUCUGUUUAAAAUCUUCAGUUGAUGACUAUGGGAGGGGUAGUAGUUAUCAGACACUAGGACUGACUGGUGAAAAAUGACCAUCAGGAAAUUAGAAAUGAGGCUGAGAGGAAGAGACCUCAGUCUCUCACUGAUUAGCUGUGAAGUGGAGCUAAGAGAUAGACAUCUGUUAAACCUUUUAUCUAGGCCUGAAUAUGCUCACCUAAAACACCCUACUCAAAAUGCCAGUAGCUGACGUGACAAGGAACUGUUGUCUUCUGAGCUCAAAGCCACUGACUGAAGCAGUGUGUGCACAUAGCAAGGUUUCCCCAGGGGACUCCAGUGACCUUCUGCUCCUCCAUAAAAGGCCCAGAACGUCAAACUCCUCACAAACAAACCCUUCCAGAGUAUAUGCCAAGUUCUCUCUAAGGAGGAAGGAAACUAAUUAUUACAUUGGUUUUCCCUACUUAUUCCAUCACAAUAAAGCACCAUACAUGCAAAUUUCAGCCUGUACUUGUCAAGUCCUACGCCACAGAAUCUGUCCUGGGAGCCACCGCUUCAUUAGAGCUCUUGACCAAGACUGUGGGUUCCAAUUUCCUAGUUCAUUAGAGGGAACAAAACUUCACAUUUAUCACUUGAUUGUUUAGACUCUUUCCUAAACAUGCAAUUUUAUAACGAACACAACUCUAAAUUGGUUCUUAAAGAACUCUAGCCAAAAGCCACUGUGAUGGCACAUGUCUUUAAUCCCAGCACUUAGGCAACACAAACAGGUGGAUCUCUAACACUGAGGCCAGCCUGGUCUACAUAAGAUAGCCAGAGCUACACGGUGAGACCCUGUCUCAAGAACACAAAAAUGGGUUGGAGACAUGACUCAACAGUUGGAGCACUGGCUGCUCUUCUAGGGGAUCCAGGUUCAGUUCCCAGCGCUCACAACUGUAAUUGCAGACCCAGGGAAUCUGAUAUCCUCUUCUGUGGGCACCAGACACACACAUAACAUGGUACACACAGGUUGAACAUGCAUAAUCAUUAAAAAAAACAAAACCCAAAAAGCACAACAACCUCUAGUCAGGUACCAUGGCUCUACAGCUGGAAUCUCAACACUCCAAAUGAUAGCACAAGUAAACUGCCCUAUGCUCCAGACAAGCUUGAACCACUGUGACACCAUUUCAUAACAAAAGCAGAACUCUUCAGAGCUAUCAGUUAAGAUUAAUAGCACUAAAAGAGGAAGGUUAUAACAGGGUUUUCACUUACUUAAUUAAAAGGAUAAUAUCAAAUAAGAAAUCCUGACCAAUAAAUGCUAAGAUAAAAUGA